CAUCGGAAAAAUGGAAGAAGUAAGUGAAGUUGUAUACAAAAGACUCCACUUCCUGUCCCGGAAGCCAGAUAAUUUCAGGAAUAAUCUCUCUGCACUCGGACACCAAGAUGAAGCUUAAGGUCAUCUGUAUAAUGCCAUUAAAACUUUCAUUUUCAGGUUCAAUUUCCAAUGGUGAAAGAAAAAAAAAUCAAGACAGAUUUGAGAGGAAAAAAGAAAAUUAACUUCAUGGAUUUCAACCCGAUUGCUCUACUUGUUUAAGCAACACUGGCCAUGUUGAGUCAGAGGAAACUAUUGAUUUUUGCUGGUUGAUGACUUUGAGAAUCGCUGCCGAGAGAUUCAUAGACUUUGCUUGCUACAGAAGCACAUGGACCUUAAACGUACUACACAUCGACGAUAACGGUAUAGUCUGACUCGAGAUCCACCAACCACGUGCUAGUGCAAACUCACAGAGAUCUGACUCAUAAUGCGAGCAAGGGACCUUUAAUUAAAUUGCAUCCCAGACAUGGAGUAAAAAUCAGGAUUUUUUUUAUUGGACCGAGGACUGCAGGAUUUUCAUACAUGAUCUGUGCCGAGAAAAAGAAAAGUAACACACCAACCAUGAUUUUCACAGUGAACUAAAAUUCCAUCAGACCCGAUAGCGAAAUGCACGUGCAUUUUGAGCAGAACAACUCCUCCCGCACGGAAUGUACCAUCCACUCCUUGUCAUGGAUGGGGAAAGUCCCGGAUGUUCCGGACAACAAUGGGGGAUGGAAACUGAACCGAAACCAAUACUACAUGGAAGGGUGGCUGGCCAGUGGAAACGCCAAAGGGGUGGUGGGGGUCACGUUCACUACCAGUCACUGCAAGAAGUACGAUCCACCUCCCAGAAGUAACUUUAACCUCAGAGGUCACAAGAGUGAGGUGACUUUGGUUCGUUGGAAUGAGCCUUACCAGAAGCUAGCCACAUGUGAUGUUCAAGGAGCCAUAUUUGUCUGGAUAAAACAUGAAGGAAGAUGGUCCACUGAACUCAUCAAUGACAGAAACAGCCAGGUGACAGACUUUUCCUGGUCCCAUGAUGGUAGAAUGGCCCUGAUUUGUUACUGUGACGGCUUUGUAUUGGUGGGGUCUGUGGCGGGGCAGAUGUACUGGUCCUCCAUGCUCAACCUGGACCAGACAACCAUUACCUGUGGGGUGUGGUCCCCUGAUGACCAACUGGUGAUAUUUGGUACCAUGGAUGGGCAGAUCAUUGUCCUCAGCUCCACUGGAACCAUGGUAACACAAGUGGUGGUGCUGCAAGGAACCGAGAUUAUCUCCCUUACAUGGUCAUGUGAAAAAUUCAACAUGGAUGAGUCUUCCACGGAGCAGAAUGAAAAUUUCACUGCCCCGACUGUUACCACACCGAAAUGUGUAGAUGCAGUCCUGGCAGUGUGCUUCAAGAGUGGUGCCAUAUAUCUAAUGUCUAACUAUGACGAUUUACAUCCCAGAAUUAUCUACACCCAUCUUAAAGGUUCCAUUAAAUUGGACUGGUCAAAUUGUGGGGAAGUUUUAGCUGUUGGUGGAUUCACCCGACUUCCCAAUCUUCAAUGCCAAAAUGAGGUUCAUUUUUACACCAAAGAGGGACAACUCUUACACAGGGUUUAUCUCCCCUGUCAGGGCAAACCACUCACAGCUCUGUGCUGGGGCCACAAUGACCGCCGCCUGUUUGUGGCGGCUGGUUUCAACCUCCACGUGGCAUGGGUAAUGAAAAAGGUUCCUCAUCUCCAGUUCCUAUGCCAGCGCAUCAUCCAGAUCUGUAUCAAGAGUGAGAAACUCAUCCGCAAGCUACCUCUUCCUGCAAGACUCCAUCACAGCGUUCAAACCAUGUUCUCACCUACCAUCAAGAGCUACAUUCCAGACCCAUUCAAGUUGCGGGAAUUCAUCUGUUCCCCUCCCCCAGCCAGUGAGAGACUGUUCUGUACCAUGAUCAGGCACGGGGAAGAGACAUCGGGGGGACACUAUACACUGUACCUGGAGUACCUAGGGGGCCUUAUUCCACUGCUGAAGGGAAAGCGUGCCAGCAAACUUAGGCCGGACUUUGUUAUCUAUGAUCCUAAGAUUGGGGCCAAAGCAUGCAGUGAGGAUCAACAUUCGCUUCCAGAGUGUGUCUUUGAAGCCAGUCUAACAGAUUCUGAUGAGGAAAUUCCAUCAGAUGGGUGUGGCUCUCCCAGAAUGCAACGCAAGAAACGUCCCAAAAUAUUCAGACCUAAGAAGGUGGAUCGAUCAAUAACCUUCCGAACGUUAGAUGAACUUUUAUAUAAUGACAGUCUUCCAGAGAGCAACAAGCUGGUAGAAGUCACAUCAAACAUUUGGGGAACAAAGUUCAAGCUGACGGGUUUGGCCCCUUUCUUGCCUGAGGACCUGGGUAAUGUUCUGUACAAGACCAGUCUGCUGCACCUCCAGCCCAGACAGAUGACCAUCACCAUCACCGCCCUCAGCGCGGUCAACCAGCCACUGUCCAGGGACCCCAACUUUACACCUGCAGGCCAUUUUGAUGAAGAUGGAGAGGUUAGAUCCAACGAAGAUUUGCCUGUUGACUUGGAAGACAUGGGUCAGGAGGACGGAAUAUUAGUGUCAGAAACGUAUAGUGGUGAUAAUGUUAAUCGAGGCACAAGCCAUGUCUUCAUGGACAUUAAAAAGUCUUCAAAUUCAUCCAAUCAAAAUGAGGAGAAGGUUCUUUGUGACAUAAGUAGUAAUUUGAGUAGUAAUAAUAAUGUGUUCAAUGGUGAACGACUGCACUGGUCACCCAGCAUGAAAAACAGAUCUCUUUCACCUGCCUCCGAAUCCGUUGCUCAAAAUAACGCCUUUAACAGUGUAGACAAUUCUGUUCUGAAGGAUAAGUUCAUUGGUCAAGGUGCAAUCCCCAAGGUCAGCUCAACAGAGGUGACUGUGGGGACACCUAGCGGAGAGACGCUGGUUCAUGCAAACAAUAAUUCAUCAUCGGUGUCAAGUGCCAACAUGAGGACUAGUUUACACAAUGAAGUGUCCAGUAUAAUGAAAGAUGGUGACGAGAAUCGCUGGGCGGAUCUCGCCAAUCCUGGGAUCAAGUUCAUAGAUGACGAAGGACUGAACAAUCGUAACUCGGAAAAUUCGGACAAUAUGGCAGGAAUAAUCUGUGAUUCUAGUCAAUUGACUCCCACUUUGUCUGAUAACCAGAAAAGGUUGUAUUUGGAAACGUUGUCCAACGUUGAUUCUGAUGCAAUGAUAUGUGAUCAUAGUCGAGACCCCUCGGAAAACGGGGACGAUGCUGAUACAAUGUUAGGGUCUCUGGAUGAUGUGCAUAAAGACACAUGUAGAAGUAGCAGUGUAUUCUCAGGUGCUUCUUGUUCUGUAUUCCAUUACGACGAUGAAGUGGUGGAUCCAGCUUCUUUCACUCGUAACACUUCCACAAUGGAAAUCAGCCACAGCGCAUCUUUGCCAAAUUCUCCUCUGCAUAGGGCUGCAGAUUCGCCCAUGAGAGAUAUUAGAGAAGAAAUUCUACAGGGUACUUGCAAGCAUUAUAGUCCGAUAUUCAAGAGAAAGUCUAGACAUUUUAACCCAAGAAAUUACCAUAACGGGGAUGAAGAACGGACGAUAGAAGAUGGAAAGUAUUCCCAGAGUUUUAAAAACUUGGAGACUUUCCAGAAAUCACAACUAAAACAGAAGCUCCAGAAAGUGCGUAAGAGGAGCGAAGACAGGGGAAGGUCGAGAUACCCACAUCUUGGACAUCGCCAGUUCGUUAUGCACAACAAAGCUCCUCUCUGGAAUGAGAACAGCCAGGUGUAUCAGCUAGACUUUGGAGGGAGGGUCAGCCAGGAGUCUGCGAAAAACUUCCAAAUAGAGUUCCGAAGUCGUCAGGUGAUGCAGUUUGGUAGAAUCGGAAGCAAUGCCUACACAUUGGACUUCCAGUACCCAUUUACUACCCUGCAGGCUUUCGCUGUAGCUCUAGCAAAUGUGACUCAGCGCCUGAAAUAGCCUACAAUGCACUAAAGUCUGGCUGGACUACCAGGUAGACGAACAGAGGUCUUUAGUGCAAAAGUUUUUUUCGCAUGCACUAAAAAGAGACCAGAUUUCAAAAGAAACAAUUGGGCAUAACAAGUGCAAGCGUAUCCUAAUAAGUGGGACUUAUCAAAACUGAUGAAUCAUUGUCAACUAUUUUGUCUUGUCAGAGAAGGUUAUAAACUUUGACAAACUGUUUAGUUUUAAAAUCUUUUUUCUCAGCAGGCUGACGCUGUAAUCUUUAUCGCUAGCAAAUAUUUUCUUUCAAUACAGAAAUCAAUAGUUUUUGCGAAUGAAAUACAAGAGCCAAUGAUAAGACUUCAUUAACCCCGUGUAUUUUAAUGCUUUUCUUGUCUCUAUCUUCUCUAAUGAAAUGACUUUAACGAAGAGAAUUUUAAGUUGUGCGUUGUUAUUGUGAAAAAAAAUAUACAUGGGAUAUUAGUAAUGAAAAAAAGCAUAUGUCUAAAUGCACGGGAUUUGAUUAAGAAGAUAAUAGAUAUUUCUACUUAUAUUGUGUAAUGAAUUAGAAUUUAAAAAUGCUGAAUCAAUAUUAUUGCUUUUGUAAAAGAUGAUGGAUUUAUGAGUUAAAUAAAAACUGAAUACAUAUUAAUUGAUGAUGGUUCAAUUAUAGUUAUUUUAUGUUUUGUUAUUCACAAAUAAAGCGAACAUAGUAAGAUUUUUUAGUGUCUGCUUAUCGUG